CGAAAGGGGAAUUCCUGCUGCAGAAUGCGGCAACAUUGCUAAUUCAGGAAGCAGCAGCAGAGCAACAAGCCCGGAGUGAACAUACAGCGAAAAGCAGAGGAACAUGGUGAUUUUCGUGGACUCCAAUUCGGAAAAUAUCGCUUGAUAUCCACACAGCAGUGGAUGCGAGUCGGAUCACCAUGUCCUGUCGGUUGGCGCAAUUGUUUCAGUGAGGUGCAGGAUUCAAAUUUUUUGCGCCAAGGCAAAAUGUUGGGCUGAACGUGGUUUUCCGGUACUUUCCCAGUGAAAAUGGCAGGAACUGUUUCCUCUUUGAGUAGCGCGGUUUCCGUGAAACCUGUCGAGGUGCCUCAGGCACUGAUCAACGGCGAAAAAUUCAUCAAGUGGGAUGAGGACACUGGAGUGGGAAUACCCGUCACGUUGAAGGUGGAUCCAGAUGGAUUCUACCUGUACUGGGUGGACCAAAAUCAUGAGGCAGACUUGCUGGAUAUCGCACACAUUAAGGAUACUCGUACUGGACGUUAUGCCAGAAUUCCCAAGGAUGCUAAACUGCGCCCAAUCGUCACCAUGGGCUCGCAGGAUACGUUGGAAGAGAAAACGGUCACAGUGGUGACUGCCCACGAUUUUGUCAAUGUGAACUUCAUCAAUUUCUGCUGCACAAAGAAGGAAAUCGCUCAACUGUGGACGGACGCCCUGCUAUCACUCGCUUACAAUCUGAACCAGGUUAAUGGGGCCGCCCUCAUGCAUCUACGGAAGGCGUAUACGAAAUUGACCCUUCAGACUGAUAAAAGUGGCAAAAUCCCUGUUAAAAAUAUAAUCAAGAUGUGCGCACAAAGUCGGGACGACAAGAAACGACUCGAAGCACUGUUAAGCGGCUUGGGGCUGCCCCAUGGGAAAAACGACACCAUCAAUCCGGACGAUUUUACCUUUGAGUAUUUUUACAGUCUUUACGUGCAGCUGACUCAAAGAGGCGAAGUGGAAAAGGUGUUCGAUGAGUAUGUGGGUACGAAAACAAACAUGACGACCGAGCAGUUCGUCGACUUCCUAAACAAAACUCAGAGAGAUCCAAGACUAAACGAAAUCCUCCACCCUUAUGCAGACAAUGUGAGAGCUAGAGAUGUGAUAGAGCAAUAUGAACCUAACAGAUAUGUGGCUCAGAGGGGCCAGCUCUCUUCUGAGGGGUUUUUGCGGUAUCUCCUGUCUGAAGAUAACAACAUUAUAUCGUCCAGUAAGUUCGACUUAAGCCACGACAUGGACCAGCCAUUGGCGCACUAUUUUAUCAACUCCUCACACAACACCUACUUAACUGGACACCAGCUGACCGGUCGAAGUAACGCUGAGAUGUACAGACAAUGUCUCUUGGCUGGCUGUAGAUGUGUAGAGUUGGAUUUAUGGAACGGCGGACGGGCAGAAGAGCCGGUAAUUGUGCACGGUUACACUUUCGUGCCGGAAAUAUCGGCCAAAGAAGUUCUAGAAGCCAUAGCAGAGAGCGCAUUUAAAACCUCCGAUUACCCAGUGGUGCUCUCAUUUGAGAACCAUUGCAAUCCGAGGCAACAAGCGAAAAUAGCCAACUAUUGCCGGGAAAUCUUCGGCGAGAUGCUCUUGGAUGCGCCAAUAGAAAACCAUCCAUUAAAAGACAAACAGCCGCUGCCUCCGCCUUCGAUGCUGCGCCGCAAAAUCAUCAUCAAGAACAAAAAGAAGCACCAUCGACAUAGGAAAGAACUAGAAGAGGGCGACUCUGGAAUCGAGAACCAGAAUUGCACCGAUCAAGCGCUCAAAACGGUGAUAGAACAUCCGGAGGAGAAUUCUACUGAUCAAGAGCCCGAAGGUCCGGAAGGAGCAAACGGAAGCAAACCGACUGGUAAUGGGGUUAUUCUGCACCAUCCUCCAUCUCUGCAGAAUAGACAGGCUUCCAACGAAUCAGCCAGCACCAACGGUUCCAGUACGGAUGCGGAUGAGGAGCCUGAAGUAAUGGAGGGCGAAAUCCCGCUCAAUAAGAGCACGGAUCGAGGCGAGGAUGGAAAGGCGCCCACUGGGGAAUCGGAAGCAGGGGCGGAAAUUUCCGCUCUGGUCAACUAUGUGCAACCGGUGCAUUUCGUCAGCUUUGAUGAGUCUGAAAAUAGGAAAAGAUACUACGAAAUGUCUUCGUUCGAUGAGCGGCAAGCUACUCUGCUGCUCAAAGAAUACCCGACCGAUUUCGUCGACUACAAUAAAAAGCAGCUGAGUCGAGUAUAUCCUGCAGGCACCAGGUUCGAUUCCUCGAACUUCAUGCCGCAGGUCUUUUGGAACGCCGGCUGCCAGCUGGUUGCCCUCAAUUUUCAAACUCUGGAUCUGGCCAUGCAACUGAACCUGGGCAUUUUCGAGUACAACCUUCGUUGUGGGUAUUUGCUGAAACCGGAUUUUAUGCGGCGACAAGACCGGACUUUCUAUCCGUUUGCUGACACCACCGUGGAUGGAAUAGUGGCGGGAACCGUGAAAAUCCAGGUGAUUUCCGGACAGUUUCUCAGCGAGAAGAAAGUGGGCACCUACAUUGAAGUGGAAAUGUAUGGCCUGCCUGCCGAUACCAUAAGAAAGCGCUUUAAGACCAAAGUGAUCCCCAACAACGCAAUAAACCCAGUUUACGAUGAAGAGCCUUUUGUGUUCAAACGCGUGGUUCUGCCGGGUUUGGCCUCGAUUCGAAUCGUUGCCUAUGAGGAAGGAGGCAGAUUCAUCGGGCACAGAAUAUUGCCGCUUACCUCCAUAAGUCCCGGAUAUCGGCAUGUUAAUUUGAAAACCGAAAUGGGACAGCCACUGCCGCUUGCAACCGUCUUCAUCUACGUGGUAGUCAAGGACUACGUUCCAGAUGGACUGUCCGAAUUUGCCGACGCUUUAGCCAAUCCCAUCAAGUACCAAAGUGAUCUGGAUAAGCGCACCCAUCAACUAGCAGUGCUGACUGAAGGCCUGGAAUUAACCGAACAGGAGGAAGCAGUGCUGAAGAAAAGCAGCGUGGCACUAAACUCCAAGGAACAAGUCAAUGGCAGUCCUGGUCAACGUCCUUCGAUUCCUACGGGAUCCGCUUCGGUUGAACUGGUAGCUGCGGAAAAUCCAGCGGCGAAUCCAGCGGCAACAGCCACAGUAAGUGCAGUCGAAAACACCGUUCCUCCGGAAGCAAAUUCCGUAAAUAAACCGCCUCCAGCCGAUGAUUUUGAGGACAAGUUCGAGGAAGUUCCCGUGGAACCCCUGGAGAAAAUUUGGGAAAACAAACAAGUCAGAGAGAAAAAACUCGAGCUGGAUAAAAAGCUGGAAGCCCUAAGGAAGAAAUUCGAAAAAAAGAAGCAGACCUUGCAGUCGCAGAAAAGUGGCGAUUACUCGGAGAAAAAGUCCAAACUAAUCAACAUGAAAUUAGUCAAGCGCCUUUCCAGCAAAAACAUCCUGUUUACCAGCGUGAGCGGCGUUUUUUCCACUGAAUCCCCGAGCGUCGAACCGCUGACUUCAGUGGCUGACGACGCAGAAGGAGCAGCGGGUACCUGCGCAGACAGUGAAACCACUCUGCCGCGCAGCCAAUCAGAGCGCCUGCUAGCCAUCAGCAAGGAUUACACUACCCAGGAAAAGGAGCUGCGCGAAAAGUACUUCGAGCUUAUCUACAGCACGGCCGAACGAGUGAUGAUUCAACGCCAGGAUAAUCAGAAAGCUGUUCUAAAGGAUCGAUUUGAUAAAGAGGUGAACAUUCUGGUGCGAAAAAUCCAGGCCGAUCACAAAGUGGAAGUGAAAAUGUUGUCAAAGAAACACCGAAACCGAGACACGCUCAACAGGGUGAAACGAGAAGCCAUGACCGCAGUGUUGGAUCGCGGAGUGUCCGUUAAAGACAAACUUUUCGGCGUUUACAAGAAACGGGAGGAGGAGAUGGUGAAACAACACGAAACUGUGCGGAUACAGUUCAAGGAGCAUCGAGAGAAGGAAAGAGUGGCCCUUCGGAAAGAAUUCGAAACCCGCCUGUCGAGAGUCGAAGUGUCUUCGGCGAAAACCCUUGAAACGGAUAGUCCGGAUGUCUAUAUUCCCUUUGUGCCAUCAAGAACCAAUCAGUUGAUGCAUUAUGCGAGCAUUCUAUCUGUGUAUAAGUAGGGCUCUUAAUGCUUUUGCGGGCAAAAAGAAAUAGAAAAGUUGGUGGAUGCGUUCCAGAAUGUUUCAUUUCUCGAUUUUUUUGCACAAAAUAAACCAGAGUCGACAUUCCAAUGUUCUCAAUGCAUACACUAAAUAGAGGCACUGUUGUUACUUCAAUCCGAACCUGGACGUGUAUUCCUGACAAUUUUAGAUCGUUUUCUAAAGUAAAGGUAAAGGUUUUACUGUUUUAUGAAUUUUGGUACACAAGUUUACAUAAAAUUAACGGAUUUUCCAUUAAAUACAGAUGAUUUAACAAAUAAAGAUGAAUUUCAAAUGAGCGGGGAAAAAAUCCCCAAUCCGGCUCGAAGGACCAAAAUCUUGAGCCAUAAUCCUAAAACCUUAUAAAUUUGCGGAAACUGUAAUCGUCAAAAAGUGAGCAAGUUUUUGUUUCACAUAAAGACAACGAAGGAAAAAUGUAUUGCUCCCAAACCAAAGCAGGGCGAAGUCUGAAAUUUUAAGGGUGUGGAGCAGAAAUGUGAAGCUAAAAUUUGUUAAAGUUUCACUGCAUGCCGCUUAAGAAUUGAUUUUUUAAAAACACCUAAACUUUAGUCUCCAAUAAACGAGCAACUGAACUUAGCAGCUACACGGAAAAAAAAAUAUUGCUCCGAAAUAAAGCCAGGCAAAGACUGGGAUUUUACUGGUGUGGGGUCGAAAUUUGAAGCUAAGAUUUUGCAGAGUUUUACUGAAAUUCGCACGAAGAAUAAUUUUUUACAAGCAUCCAAACUUUGGAGGCCAGAAAGUGAGGAACUGAACUUGGCAGGUACACAGAGAAAAAAUUAGCUCCCAAACUUACGCAAGGAGAACCCAACAAUUUUAAGUGUGUGGAGCCGAAAUUUGAAGCUCAGGUUGURCAAAGUUUUAGUAAAAUUCGCAAAAUGAUUGAUKUUGUACAAACGUCCARACUUUAAUUGCCAAAAAGUGAGCAACUGAACUUUGCAGCUGCACAGAGAAAAAUMAAUUCCUCCAAAACUGAAGCAAGGAAAACUCUGUAAUUUUAAGCAUGUGGAGUAGAAAUAUCUGACUGAAAGUUACACAGUUUACCUCAAAACGCGUAACGAUUCACUUUUUAARAGCAUCCAGAUUUUAGUCGCCAAAAAGAUAGCAACUCAACUUACCAGAUACACAGAGAAAAAUGCAAUGCUGCWAAACCAAGCCAAGGCGAUAUCUAGAACAGUUAAGGGCGUGGAGCAAAAAUAUGAGGCUAAAARGGUGGAAAGUUUCUCUGAAAUUCGCAUUUUGAUUGAUUUUUUAGAAAUUUCCAAUAUUUAAUURCYAAAAAGUGAGCAACUGAACUUAGCAAGAACACAGAGAAAAAUUAAUUCAUCCUACUCCAAAACUAAAGCAAGGCGAAGUCUGGAACAUUGCAGGUGUAAAGUAGAAAAGUCAGGCUAAAACUAUUCAAAAUUUCACUUAAAUCUGCACAAAUGUUGAUUUUUCACAAGCAUCCAAAUUUUAGCCGUGAAAAACUGAGCAGGGACACAAAGAAAAAUUUGUKGCUCCAAAAGGAAGGCAGGGCGACAUCUGAAAUAUUUAAGAUUGUGGAGUAGAAACAUGUUCACAUUUUCACUCAGACUCACGUGAGAUUUUUGCCAAUCAUUCAAACUUUAGUAGCAAAAAAGUGAGCCACUGAACGUAGCAGGCACACAAAGAAAAAUUGUUGCGCCAAAACCAUGGCAGGGCGAUAUCUGAAAUUUUAGGAUUGUGGCAUCGAAGCAUGAAACUGCACUUGUACAAAUUUUCCCUUAAAUGUCGUUCAUGUCAGAUUUUUUAAAAGCUUCCAAACUUUAGUCGCCAGGAAGAGAGCAACUGAAUUUAGAAGAUACACAAAAGCCACAACUUUGUGCAAAAUAAUGACCCAAAAAUCAGUAGUUUUUACUCAUUUUAAUUAAAAUCUGGAAGUUUUCGGUUUAAGAAACUAUUGGCGGAUCACGUCUGAGGGUGGCACUCAGUCCUGUGGACAAAACUUGUUCUAUCAACAAGCUAAUCGACUCUGGUUGAUCCUUUUUGAGUAAAUUAAAUCAACCUUGACUUGUCUCAACCAAGUUCAGUUGAGAAGUAAAAGUCUUCAAAAUGAAUCAACUUUUGCCGAACUUUUUACAUGUAACGAUAUAUUGUUUAUUCGAAUUGUGAUUUAGUUUGUACGUAGAAGUGACUUCUACACUUUUAUAGAGACUGAAAGGCUUUUCUGCGUUAUGUAUAUUGAGAUUAACGGGCAUUUCCAUGUUGGAAUCUCAUCGUUUCUCAAAUCUCUCAAAGUAAUUUUGUGAAAAACUGGCAAUUUUAGAUGAGGUUUCAAGUGGGAACGUCCACAAAUUCAACUGUUUGAUUUUCAAACUGAAUUUAGAUUUUUUGGGGAAAAAGGUCAAUCGUGUGUUUACAUCCAAAACUCAUUCAGCGCGACAUCUAGGACUUUAUCAAAACGGGCUUUUGAAAUUUUGGGACUUUUAGGUAACGGCACGCGAAAAAUGGAAAACUGUUUGAAAAUAAAACAGCCAAUUAAUAUUAAGUGAUAUACAUAGAGGGUUUGUUGCGGGUUAUUAGAAUGUAGUUUGCGAAAUUUGAUAUUUUUUAGACCCUUGAUGAACCACCCAUGUAUGUAGCUACUAGUUUUGUUGGAAAAAAUAUGUGUUCUUGCUAGAAACUAAUCAUUUAUUGGAUGAUUGAAGCCAUUGAAAGUGCCAGUGGAAGCUACAUAGAUUUGGUUUUUUAAACCCGAUUAUUUAAUUGAGUAGUCUGCAUGCAUCAAAAGUACUUAAAUAAUAAAUUGUAUCCUAAGAAAAUUGCAAUAUAGCUCGUAGAUCUACUUUGUUUAGUCGAGAUUCGUGAUGAUGUUGUAUUAGUUUGUCGAUAACGGCCUACCAUUCAACCAGUUCCGUUUCCAUCUUCUAAUUGUUUUUUUUACCAAAAACUCUAGUCAAUGUACUUAAACAAACGAUCGUAACACUGAGCUAUACACUAAGCAAUCUGCCAAAGCGACACAGGUUUAAACAAACUCUAUGAUAAAUAACCUUUGCAAUUAUUAUUGAAUUAGAUCGAAGUACAUUCCAGAACUUUGUUUUUUUCUUAUUAGUUAGUCGGUUUGUUCGUUUGAUACUUUGGUACUUUGAUAUCUGACGGUUUUGUAUUUUCCAACUUGUGCCUUUCAUAAUUUUACUGUUCUUUAUAUUCGUCUAAAUCAUGUAUUACAUGUAUUUCAUAAUGAUGUUAAUGUCUAAAUAGAUUUUAUGUGCUAUAUA